CAAUAGACACGGACAUACAUAAGCAUUACAUCAAACAUCCUGUUUAGAAAUUUGUCCGUGACAGUAUAUUCUAACCUUUUGUCAUUGCUUUCUAAACUAUACCUUCCGAGAGGCUUUAGUACACAAUACAAGAGACUUCCAAGUUUUAGAUUUGAUACUAUCCGGGCAUAGUUUUCAUUAAUGUCUUAAGUUGGUGUCCCCAAUUUUUUUCGGUGUGAUAUGGUCUUCCAUCAUCUGAACUUAAAAAAUUGUGCUUUUGGUUCAAGACAUUCUUUAUGCAAACAUCAUGGCAGGAGGACAAUUAGUACACUUGGUUUAACUUGGACCAGGCUAUUACUUCUCCAAAGCCUCGUGGAACAUGCAUCUGGAAAAUUCACAGAUCGAGAACUGGGCAUGCAGAUGACGGUGCUUGUGAUCCUUUUCUUUUGAAGUUGGUGGGGAGUGGUUUCUUCCCAUGACUCGUCAAAGUUAACAUCUUUGUGCAGAUUCAACUGUUUUCCAAAUUUUCAGAUAUAUCCACCAAAUUUAAAUGCUUGUUAUUUGAUUUGCUCCGUAGAUCGAGUCAAUUUGACUCGUUUGAUAAUACUUUAGUAUGACAUAUGGCAAUGUCAAAUUACUGUACUCCUGAGGACUGGUUAAGCUUGUGAAGAAAGAAAACCAAUUGCUCUUUCUUUUCCUUCAACUACUCAUGAAUUGCCUUUACGAUGCUUGUUUUCAAGUAAAUGUUUGUGUGGAUGACAAUUGUAGAUUUAGAAAAGUUUUCUCCUUCAAGUGAAAUUCUUCCUUCUGUUCAUUUGACUUUUGUGAAGUCAAAGUCAAAGUUCUUGAGCAGAGGCGUAAUUCCAUGGGAGGGAGGGAGGAAGCAGAGAGAGUAACAGAUGGGUCCACAAACACAAGAUAACCGUUGACUUGUGGAGUUUCCAGCGGAUAACCGGUGGUUGUGUGCUUCUCCACGACUCUUCACAUCUUGUUUACUGCUGCGUCUGCGUCAUGUUGUUUUCCUUUGACCACAAGAAAUCUAGCUUGGAGUUUUUUAGCCUACUUUUUCGCGAGACGAUGCCGCGGUGUUGCCAGUGUUCCCCUUCUUCACCAAACUCGAUGAGUGGCAGCGGCGUCAACGGCUCGAGCUUCCUCCCGCCCGAUGACAACUCCAACGGGCGGCCGGCUGGGUUGGCCUACGGCCUCCCCGCCUCGGUGGGGAUCCUGAUGGUGAUCACCGCCGCCCUUCUUGCGUCCUAUCUGUGCACCCGAGCAAGAACCACGGCCGCGAACCGGCGGUCCGGCGACGUUGCAGCGACGCCCACUGACCUCGAGGCCGGCAUCGACGAGGCGACCCUGACGAGCUACCCGAAGGUCACGUACUCGCAGGCUAAGCUGGAGGAGAAGGGCACCACCACCGCGGCGUGCUGCUCCAUAUGCCUGAGCGACUACGAGGACGCUGACGUGCUGCGACUGUUGCCGGACUGCGGGCACCUCUUCCACCUCGACUGCGUCGACCCGUGGCUGAGGGCGCACCGGUCGUGCCCCAACUGCCGCUCGUCGCCGGCCCCCAGCUCCAUGCCCACGCCUCUCUCGGAGGUGGUGCCAUUGGCACGGGCGAGACAGUCGCAGUGAACGUGAUCGUACAUAACACGCCUCAAAUGUGUCGUCCGGUGUCUUCGGUGAAUCAAAUGAUCGGUAUAUGCUGGAGAAAGAAUUCCUUCUUGCAUCAUUCAGCCAACCGGAUCAUUACUCGAUCCAUACUUGCAUAGUCUUUGAAGAACACCAGUUCAAAUUUAGGAGGUUCUCCGAAGCUUUUUGGCUGAUACUUCUUGUAUGCAUACCAGCUCAAAAACCUGCUGUUUUGAUUUUUUCUUCGCAAAUAAAUACGAAAAAAAAAUAAAUUUUGUUAA